UUCUCUGCAUGACAUCGUAGCUGUAGGACUCGCCGUGGUUUGUUUUGUUUGUGCCGCUGCUUGUGAAAGAACUGUCUGCUUGUGCAGCCUUUGAACACGGUGUUACAUAGGACUUCAUGUGUCCAUUUCAUUUGCCCACUGCAGGGACGGUGCAGGCACGAAAGAUUUGUGAUUUAGCUGAGAGAGAGAGAGAGACGGUUGGCCUUAAUUUCACGUUUCGAGACAUGGCCACUUCAGUGGCUACUGCUGCUCGGCCUCAUCGGAAAAUCAACAGAGUCGGUUCCAUCUAUGAACCACUGAAGCUGUCCAUUCUGCAGCGUGAGGAUGAGCCCCUGUGGGAGAAGCUGGACCGCUACUACAAUGCAGUCAAGACCACCAUUUUGAACUACCAGAGUCCCACCACAGGCCUGUUCCCAGUCAAAACAUGCUCCAACUGCAAGGAGGCCAAAGUCCGGGACUCUCUGUACUGUGCUGCUGCUGCCUGGGCUCUGUCUAUGGCCUACCGACGCAUCGACGACGACAUGGGGCGUACUCAUGAACUGGAGCAUUCUGCCAUCAAGUGCAUGAGAGGCAUCCUCUACUGCUACAUGAGGCAGGCUGACAAGGUGGAGGAGUUCAAACAGGACCCCAGCCCCUCCAAGUGUCUGCACUCAGUGUUCAACGUGGAAACUGGGGACGAGGUUCACUCCUACAACGACUACCACCACCUGCAGAUUGAUGCUGUUUCUCUGUUCCUGCUGUACCUGGUGGAGAUGAUCUGCUCUGGUCUGCAGAUCAUUUACAACACUGAUGAGGUUUCCUUCAUCCAGAACCUGGUUUUCUGCGUGGAGAGAGCCUACAGGGUGCCUGACUACGGCAUGUGGGAGAGAGGAAGCAAAUACAACAACGGUAGCACGGAGCUGCAUUCCAGCUCCGUUGGCCUGGCUAAAGCUGCUCUGGAGGCCAUCAAUGGAUUCAACCUGUUUGGAAACCAGGGCUGUUCGUGGUCGGUGAUAUUUGUGGAUCUGGACGCCCACAACAGGAACAGACAAACGCUGUGCUCCCUGCUGCCCCGAGAGUCUCGCUCACAUAACACAGAUGCAGCCUUGCUUCCGACCAUCAGCUAUCCUGCCUUUGCAGUUGACGAUGAUGCCCUCUACAGUCAGACACUGGACAAGAUAGUGCGCAAACUACGAGGCAAAUACGGCUUCAAGCGAUUUCUCCGAGAUGGCUACCGCACAGCUAACGAAGACAAGAAUCGAAGAUACUACAAACCUGCUGAAAUGAAGCUUUUUGAUGGAAUCGAGUGCGAGUUUCCAAUAUUUUUCAUCUACAUGAUGAUUGACGGUAAGCCUUGUUCCAUCCAUAGCUGCUGUUAUGAUGCCUCCAGUGGGUCAUUGUCAAGACAGAGGACUGACAUGUACAUUCAGAUCAAAUUACAUUUUUGUGUUUGCAGAUUUGAGACGACUUUUAUGUGACUUCCAGAUGUGACUUUUAAACCUAAGAGAAUUGUCAAAAAUGAAGUAUAAGUUGUACUGUAUAUAAAAAGUGCAUACAAGCGUUUUUGUUUUCAUCAGCCGCAUGGCAAUUUUUAGUCUACCGAUGCUUUGAGGAAACAGCUUGAUUUAGAGCUUGCUCUCCUGUCUCUAUCAUAACAUACUAAAAAGUCUGUGCAAGAAGUUCACCUCGUAGUUUAUUUCUGUACUGGUCUCUGAACAGCAUUGCCUUAAAUAUGACAUUACAUUUAGACCUACCAGUCAUGAAUAGUAAUAGGCACAACUCAGAUAUACUGUAGUGUUUUUUGAUUUGUAUUAGUUACUGCAUGCAUGAGAAGGUGGUAACAAAACCCCAAAUCAUUCCCAACCAUCAUUGUAGUUCCUCUUGCACUCUGUGUGUAUUGCAGGGUAGGGGUUUUCCAUCAACUACACUAGCAUCCAAGAUUCAUGGAGAACUCUGAAAAAGUGAAAACUCUAGCAACACUAUUGUAGAGCUUUCACAAAUACACACAAAACCUUCCAAAAAAUGUCCCCAAACUUUUGGGGUUGAGCUGCAAACGGACACAUUUUUCACUCUACUCUAUCUGGGAUUCUUCCUGCCUGUUCCAUAGGAAAUCUUCCGCGUUAAGAUAGGAUGAGCCGAUGUGAGAAUGCAGCAGGAAACUUUUAGGAAAAUGUGAAUGAGAGGGGGUAAGAUGAGGUUUCUAUCCUGCUGCCAGUGCACGACCAAUGCGAUUUCUGUGCACAUAAUGAAACUGCUUCAUUAUGUCUUCUGUUCUCUGGUUUGAUGUUCUCCGCACUUUGUGUUGAUAUUGUGAUUGUCUCACAAUUGUCACAAACUAGCAUUGAAAUAAAGGCAAAAC